AGUGCUUGAUGACGUCAGUAUGAUACUCCUGCUGUGAGGAGUGAUAAGGAAGUAUUUUCUAUUUAGACAAAGGGAAACUGAAAGGAAUAGUCAAAGCCUGUGUGCCGGCUUAUUGUCAACAUGUCUCAUUAUAAUGGCUAUUCUAACAGAAUGGAGGUAAACUUGGCAGGAAAUAGACUGAAAUCACUCCCUGCUGAUUUGCUUAGGAAAGGCAAAGAUGUGGAGAAGGCAGACCUACAGAAGAACAAACUUAAGGAAGUAAAUAAAAUCUCCUGUUUGUCGAACUUGACGGAGCUCAAUCUGGGCCGGAAUGAACUUGUCGAGUUUCCUAAAGAGAUUAGCGAGCUAAAGCAGCUCGUCAGACUGUACAUGAAUCAGAACAAUAUCAAGAGCAUACCUGAGAAUGUGUUUCCCUCUUUGAAGAAACUUCAGUUUUUAAAGAUAAACACUAACAAGCUCAGCCAGUUACCAUCAGACAUGAACAAGUGUGAAACCCUCGUCUACCUAAACCUGUCCAACAACUGUCUGAAAGAGGUGCAGCCUCUAGUGGGUCUUGGUCGACUAAGUGAGCUUUAUGUGGACAACAACAAGCUGACAGAACUUCCACGCGCUCUUUUCCAGUCCCAUUUGGAAAAAUUCAAAGCAAACAACAACCCACUUAGAAAGCCUCCUGAAGCAGUAUGUGUAGGUGGUAUAAAGGGCAUUCAAAGCUACUUUGAGAUGUUAGAAGCAAGUUCGCCCACUAUUCGUGCUAUUAAAACAAUGUUCCUGGGGUCCUCUAUGGCUGGGAAAUCCACUGUGUGUCGCAGUCUGAGGCAUAAACGCCCUGUAGAGGUGGCUGAAGAUGAUCGCACUGUGGGUAUUGAAAUUCAUCAUGUCUUCAAUGCAGAUGAAGUUCGCUUCAUCUUUUGGGACUUUGCAGGACAAGAGGAAUACUACUUUACUCACCAUGUCUUCAUAACACCCCAGGCCUUUGUCAUUCUUGCUGUUGAUCUUUCCAAGUAUGAUGCUGAGUCUUUCAGAGAGAAAGUGGGCUUUUGGAUCAGCAAUAUACAGCUCAAGGUCCCAAAUGCAGUGGUCUUGCUAUUGGGCACUCAUGUUGACUGUUGCACCGAUCAGACGGAAGUACAUGACAAGAAGGAAGACAUUAAGAACAGGGUCAGGCAAAUGCAGUCAGAGCGAAAAGAUAGCUUGGAGCAGCAAAGAAAGAACCUUAAAGAUUUAGAGGACCCUUCACUGGUUUCUGAGCAGAUGACUGCUAUUGAGCAACUUGAAGAAUACAAAUUACAGGUACUUGAUCUUCUUGCCAUUGACUGCAAGAAAUCUGAGGAUAUUAAUAUGUUACAAGACUAUAUCAACCAAGUAGUCUUGGACACAGACAAAUUUCCUUUUACGGAACAAGUUCUACCACAAUGCUAUAUGGAUGUGGAAAAAGCUAUUCAGGCCAACUUGGACAGUGGCAACAUUCCUCAACAUGGAAUAGUUACUCAUAGGGACAUCCUGGCACACCUAACUGCUAGUCAUAAUGAACUGGACCUUGAUUCCAUUCUUCAGUACCUCCACAGAACUGGAAUUAUUAUGUGGUACAGAGAUAUCACAGACUUGAAGGAUGUUGUGUUUGUACAACCAUCAUUUCUUAUCUCAUUGUUCAAGGCCAUUGUUAGGCAUGAUUUGGUUAAUAUGCUGAAACUGAUUUCAAGGAGUGAUCUGAUGAAGGAGAACUCCCUCGAAAAGCACAGAGACAAAUGGAUUAAAGACUUCGAAAAGAGAGCAACACUGAGCAAUGUGGCCAUAAGAAUGUUGGUGCGUGCAGAACUCAAGCGGUCAGGUGUUGAUGACGACGAGCUGAUUGAGGACAUAGUCGGUACCAAGAUGAAGCCUGGUAACCUUAUCAGCCUGCUAAGGCACUUUGAUGUUUGUCUACCAACCAAAGAAAGUGUUCAACUCAACCCCACAGCUCCGGAGUUCUGUCCAAAAAAAAAAUGGGAGCCAUCAAGCUCUGAUGUGUAUCAACCAAACGGAGCCUGUCUUUUCCCGAGCUUCCUUCAUAGCGAAAAUCAGGAAGUAACGCAGAGGUGGGGACAGGACAACCUGGAAGACAUCGUUGUGCAAAUUUACUUCCUCCCUGAGAUACCUCAUGGAUUCUUCCAUAGGCUGCUCAUCAAGAUAUGCUCGAUUUACUUUGCCUACUCGAUCGGAAAAGAGCAGGGGCUUUUUACCUGUGGAAACAGACGUAUACUCAUCAGAGAGCAUGCUCGUACUGCGGAUCAGUUAAUUGAGAUCCGGGGGAAACACAGUGAUUUUUCCACAUCAGCAGAUAUCCAAAAAGUGUGGGAUAUGAUAAAGGUGGUGAUGAGGCGCCUGGCUGAGCUCACUCAGCAGUGGAGAGGUCUGUGCCAGUAUGUGCACAGCCCGUGUAAACAAAGGGGCUGUGAAGAGUUUUUUGAGUGGCCGGAUUGGCAAGACUGGAUUGAUCCUAAUGCAUGUGAAAAAUUUAACACGAAUCCAGAGGAGAGAAUGUCUUGUAGUAAUGGGCACUCUCGCAGAACUGAACUGCUGUUCCCUGAUAGCUGUGUAGGUCUGAAGAAUUGACACCUGAAAAUGCCACCUGCCUGAACCACUGUUGUCUGUUGACAUCAUCACAAGAUUGUACCUUUCACAUAUAUGUGUGUGUAGAGAGAGAGACUUAUUUUACUUGUGUGGUUGUUUCUAUAUUGGACUGUCCUGUACAAGCCUUUAAACAUUUGCUAAGAGAAUAUUCAGUCCAGUAGAGGGUGCUCUUUGCUUAAUUAAAGUCUGGGGUUUUCCUAUUUAUUUUCUUCUUUGGGAAGUCUCUCUACCUUUAUUUAUUUAAUAAAGAACCAAGAGUAAACUAUGUGAAACAAUAUGUUUUUGAUGAACACGUUAUACACUAUAGUGGGUGUAAAGGUACAUGAUUUCUUGUGUUUUAUGCAGAAUGAAAGUUUUGGCCUAAAAUUAAAAUACUACUCAAGCA